AUGGCGUCUGUUUCUGAAAAGGGGUCAGGAGACACUACUACAGUUGAAUACCAGCAUUAUGAUAGAAGCUUCAGCACCUUCUACGACAGUGGCGAGACCCGGUACUGGCACGACUACAUCAAGUUCCGCGGCUACCCGGCCUCCAACCAGAACGCGCGCCAUUGGCCGUCCAAGCUGGUGAACUUCACGCCAAGCCUCGUCGAGUACUCUGCGGCGGUGCACGAGCUGGCCCAGACCAUCCUCUGUCUGAUCGCCGAGGGGCUGGGCCUCGACGGCACCUUCUUCAGCGGCAACCUCAGCCGCGGCGACACGCACAUGAGCAUCAACUACUACCCGCCCUGCCCGGACCCAACCCUCACGAUGGGCCUGCUCGCGCACUGCGACCGCCACCUCCUCACCGUGCUUUCCCAGGCUGACGUCGCUGGGCUCCAGGCAAGGCACGGUGACAGGUGGCUCCUCGUCCACCCCGUCCCUGGCGCAUUCGUCAUCAACUUUGGCCACCAGAUGGAGAUCGUCACCAACGGGGUGCUGGCCAGCGUGGACCACCGCGCCGUCACCAACUCCGCCGUGGCGAGGAUGUCGGUGGCCACACACGUGCACCCCACGGACGGGUGCCGCAUCAGACCGGCGUCAGAGAUGGUGGACGAGGCGAUGAAUCCAGCCAAGUACAGGGAACUUGCUUUCAGCGAAUUCAUGGAAGCAUAUGACGCGGCCGACGCUAGCAGGGAGGAAGUGCUCCAGUCCUUCAAGAUCAACCAUGACUAG